GGAAGAGGAGGAAGGAUCCAGGGUGUCUGCGGAGCGCGGGGGGCUGAGGACCACCCGCCUCCCUCUGCGCGGGCGCCUUUGUGUCCCCCAGCCCCGGCGGAGCGAGGGGCCGCGGGCAGGGGAGCGGAUGCGAAGAGCGGCUGGUGCUGGAGGGGAGAGAGAGAGAGAGAGAGAAAGGGGGAUGGUGGAAGAUUUCUCUCCUUUUUUAUUUUUUUUUUUUUUGGUGGUCUCUUCGGCAGCGGCUGUUCUUCCUCAGCAGCAGCAGCAGCGGCGGCGGCAGCAGCAGCAGCACAGGCAAUGACUCUGCCGCAUCCGAAUCGCCUGGCCGGUGGCGCCGGCUCCGGAGACAUCACCUUGCUCUGAAGUUGCCCACCUGGAGGAGGUAAAUCGGAGCGGGGCUUUCGUCCAGAGGGGUCGGCGACGGCGGGGAAGAGGAGGGAGUGAUUGCCUCCCCCAUCCUCACACACUCAUCCUCCGGGAGGAAGCUUGUGUAGCAGAAGAACACGGCAAAAAAGGAAAGACUUUUACUUCUUUUUAUUUUUUUUUAUUUUUUUUUUAAAUUUUCCUUGCUUGAGGGGGACGUCCGUGCUUCUCGUCCGGCCCCCUUUUCCUCCUGGCUGGGGGCUUUGGUACUGUGGCCAGGUCUGCUUCCUACUCCCACCUCUGGUUUUAAUGGCUGGAUUGUGGCAGCAGCUCCCUGCUGCAGGUUGUUGAGGAUCUGAUGGGGACUCGCAUCUCAGGAGCCGGAGGUGACUAAAGAAAUGUUGAAUACAGUACUCUGCAAAAAAUAACGUGUGGAUUUCUCGAACCUGAAGAACAAGAAAAGGUCUCAGACUCUGGAUACUGGCUGUGGGAUUUUGUUUUUAUUAUUAUUUUUGUUUGGGUUUUUUUCCCCUUUUUGGAUGUGAAUUGAAGGCCAACAACAGUUGAAGUGUUGGAAGCAAGUGCAGGAGGACACUCAUCUUUUUAUUUGAACCCUUGUUUGCUGGGAUACUUUCAAGCUCUCCUUCACAGUCAUGUGGUCAUCACAGCUGCUGUUCUUCACAAUGCUCUUAACACCGUUUGCCCAUGCCUGGAUUUCUUUUAAAACAGCUUUCAGCCGUGCCCCGGUGCCCAUGGCUGUGGUCCGGAGGGAGCUGUCCUGCGAGAGUUACCCCAUCGAGCUGCGCUGCCCGGGAACAGAUGUGAUCAUGAUCGAAAGUGCCAACUACGGCAGGACCGACGACAAAAUCUGCGACUCUGAUCCUGCUCAGAUGGAGAAUAUCCGCUGUUAUCUGCCAGAUGCCUAUAAGAUUAUGACUCAAAGGUGCAGUAAUCGGACCCAGUGUGCGGUUGUUGCCGGCCCUGAUGUGUUCCCAGACCCGUGCCCCGGCACCUACAAGUACCUGGAAGUGCAGUAUGAGUGUGUCCCUUACAAAGUGGAACAAAAAGUUUUUCUUUGCCCUGGACUGCUGAAGGGGGUUUACCAGAGCGAACACUUAUUCGAGUCUGACCACCAGUCGGGCGCCUGGUGCAAGGACCCUCUGCAGGCCUCUGACAAGAUCUACUACAUGCCCUGGACGCCGUACCGGACGGACACACUGACGGAGUACUCCUCCAAGGACGACUUCAUCGCCGGCCGGCCGACCACCACCUACAAGCUCCCGCACCGGGUGGACGGCACGGGGUUCGUGGUGUACGACGGGGCUCUGUUCUUCAACAAGGAGCGGACCAGGAACAUCGUCAAGUUCGACCUGCGGACCCGGAUAAAGAGCGGGGAGGCGAUCAUCGCCAACGCCAACUACCACGACACCUCUCCCUACCGCUGGGGGGGCAAGUCCGACAUCGACCUGGCCGUGGACGAGAACGGGCUCUGGGUAAUCUAUGCAACAGAACAGAAUAAUGGCAAAAUUGUCAUUAGCCAGUUGAACCCUUACACGUUAAGGAUCGAAGGGACGUGGGAUACUGCCUAUGACAAGAGGUCAGCUUCCAAUGCCUUCAUGAUCUGUGGGAUUUUAUAUGUGGUGAAGUCUGUGUAUGAAGAUGACGACAAUGAAGCCACAGGGAAUAAAAUAGACUACAUAUAUAACACUGACCAAAGCAAGGAUAGCAUGGUGGAUGUGCCCUUUCCAAACUCCUACCAGUACAUUGCUGCUGUGGAUUAUAAUCCCCGGGACAACCUCCUCUAUGUAUGGAACAACUAUCACGUUGUAAAAUACUCCUUGGAUUUUGGCCCGCUGGACAGCAGAGCAGGGCAGGCUCACCAUGGGCAGGUUUCCUACAUUGCCCCACCGAUCCACCUGGAUUCGGAUCUGGAGAGACCGUCAUCCAAGGGAGUAUCCACCUCGGGGGCUCUGGGCCCGGGGAGCACCGCUGCCAGCACCACGCCGCGCAUGGCCACCAGCACCACAGGCCGCACCACCACCACCUCGGCCUCGGGCAGGAGGAACAGGAGCACCAGCACGCCGUCCCCCAUGGCUGAUGUCCCUGAUGAAAUGACCACACACCUGCCACCUGCCUCCUCCCAGCUGCCUCCAGCCGGGGCGGAGAGCUGCGACCCCAUGGAGGCCCGCGACAUCAUGUGGUCCCGCACUCGGCAGGGCCAGCUGGCGAAGCAGCCCUGUCCCUUGGGCUCCAUAGGUGUUGCAACUUUCCGGUGUCUCGCGCCUGACGGUAUCUGGGAACCCCAAGGACCUGAUCUUAGCAACUGUUCUUCACCCUGGAUCAACCACAUCACUCAAAAGAUGCGGUCGGGGGAGAUGGCCGCCAACAUCGCGCGGGAGCUGGCGGAGCACACCAGGAACCACCUGUAUGCCGGGGACAUCGCCUACUCCGUGUCUGCCAUGGUGCAGCUCGUCAACCUGCUGGACGUGCAGCUCCGCAACCUGACUCCCGGCGGGAAGGACAGCGCCGCGCGCAGCCUCAACAAGCUUCAGAAAAGGGAGCGCUCUUGCAGGGCCUAUGUCCAGGCCAUGGUGGAGACGGUGAACAACCUCCUGCAGCCUCAGGCUCUGAACGCGUGGAGGGACCUGAACGCGAGCGAGCAGCAGCGCGCGGCCACCAAGCUGCUGGACACAGUGGAGGACAGCGCCUUCGUGCUGGCUGACAACCUGCUGAAGACGGACAUCGUCCGGGAGAACACUGACAACAUCCAGCUGGAAGUUGCGAGACUGAGCACAGAUGGGAAUCUGGAGGAUCUGAAGUUUCCCCAGAACAUGGGCCAUGGAAGCGCCAUUCAGCUGUCAGCAAAUACCUUGAAGCAGAAUGGUCGAAAUGGUGAGAUCAGGGUGGCUUUUGUGCUGUACAACAACCUGGGCACUUAUCUCUCCACGGAGAAUGCCAGCAUGAAGUUGGGAACAGAAGCGAUGUCGACCAAUCACUCUGUCAUUGUCAACUCCCCUGUCAUCACGGCAGCAAUAAAUAAGGAGUUCAGCAAUAAGGUUUACCUGGCUGAUCCUGUGGUGUUUACUGUCAAGCACAUCAAGCAGUCAGAAGAAAAUUUUAACCCAAACUGUUCAUUCUGGAGCUACACAAAGCGUACAAUGACAGGGUAUUGGUCCACCCAGGGCUGUCGCCUCCUGACAACUAACAAGACACACACCACGUGCUCCUGCAACCACCUCACCAACUUUGCAGUCCUGAUGGCACAUGUGGAAGUUAAGCACAGCGAUGCAGUCCACGACCUACUCCUGGACUUCAUCACAUGGGUUGGCAUCCUGCUUUCCCUGGUCUGCCUCCUGAUCUGCAUCUUCACCUUCUGCUUCUUCCGUGGGCUGCAGAGCGACCGCAACACGAUUCACAAGAACUUGUGCAUCAGCCUCUUUGUGGCUGAGCUCCUCUUCCUCAUCGGCAUCAACCGGACUGACCAGCCGAUUGCCUGUGCCGUCUUCGCUGCCCUCCUGCACUUCUUCUUCCUGGCAGCUUUCACCUGGAUGUUCCUGGAGGGUGUGCAGCUGUACAUCAUGCUGGUGGAGGUGUUUGAGAGCGAGCACUCCCGGAGGAAGUAUUUCUACUUGGUGGGGUACGGCAUGCCUGCGCUGAUUGUGGCCGUGUCGGCAGCAGUGGACUACCGGAGCUACGGCACGGACAAAGUAUGUUGGCUCCGACUUGACACCUACUUCAUUUGGAGCUUUAUAGGACCAGCGACCUUGAUAAUUAUGCUUAAUGUCAUCUUCCUUGGGAUUGCUCUCUAUAAAAUGUUUCAUCAUACUGCCAUACUGAAACCUGAAUCUGGAUGUCUUGACAAUAUCAACUAUGAGGAUAACAGACCCUUCAUCAAGUCCUGGGUUAUAGGUGCAAUAGCCCUACUCUGCCUAUUAGGACUGACCUGGGCAUUCGGACUCAUGUAUAUUAAUGAAAGCACAGUCAUCAUGGCGUAUCUCUUCACCAUAUUCAAUUCUCUGCAGGGAAUGUUUAUAUUCAUUUUCCAUUGUGUCCUCCAGAAAAAGGUCCGUAAGGAGUACGGGAAAUGCCUGCGCACACAUUGCUGUAGUGGGAAAAGUACAGACAGCUCCAUCGGCUCAGGAAAAACCUCGGGGUCAAGGACACCUGGAAGAUAUUCCACAGGCUCACAGAGCCGGAUUCGUAGGAUGUGGAAUGACACAGUUCGAAAGCAGUCCGAGUCUUCCUUUAUUACUGGAGAUAUAAACAGUUCAGCUUCACUCAACAGAGGAGCCAUGGCUAAUCAUCUUAUAACCAAUGCUCUGCUUCGUCCUCAUGGCACUAACAACCCUUAUAAUACAUUGCUCGGGGAAUCGGCGGUCUAUAACAACCCUUCUGUCAGCAUGUACAACGCACAAGAGGGGCUUCUGAACAAUGCCAGGGAUACAAGUGUCACGGAUACUCUACCACUGAAUGGUAAUCAUGGCAACAGCUACAGCAUCGCCAGCGGCGAGUACCUCAGCAACUGCGUGCAAAUCCUUGACCGUGGGUACAACCACACGGAGAACGCCCUCGAGAAAAAGAUCCUGAAGGAACUCACCUCCAACUACAUCCCUUCCUACCUGAACAACCAUGAGCGCUCCAGCGAGCAGAGCCGCAACUUGAUGAACAAACUCGUCAACAGCGUGGGCGGCGGGAGCGAGGACGAUGCCAUCGUGCUGGAUGACGCCACCUCCUUCACCCACGAGGAGAGCCUGGGCCUGGAGCUCAUCCACGAGGAGUCGGACGCCCCACUGCUGCCUCCCCGGGUGUACUCGGCAGACAACCACCAGCCCCACCUCUACAGUCGGCGUCGCAUCCCGCAAGACAACAGCGAGAGCUUUUUCCCUUUGCUGACCAACGAGCACACGGACGACCUGCAGUCGCCCAACAGGGAUUCUCUGUACACCAGCAUGCCCGCGCUGGCUGGCAUGCCCAUGACGGAAAGCGUCACCGCCAGCACCCAGACCGAUCCUCCACCAGCGAAAAGUGGUGGUGGCGAUGCCGACGACGUUUACUACAAAAGCAUGCCCAAUCUUGGCUCCAGGAACCACGUCCAUCAGCUACACACUUACUACCAGCUAGGUCGAGGCAGCAGCGACGGUUUUAUAGUCCCGCCAAACAAAGAGGGAACCUCUCCAGACGGCAAUGCAAAAGGACCCGCUCACUUGGUCACUAGUCUAUAGAAGAUUCAGCAAAAAUUGAACAAAGAGACAACUAAAAGCCUCUCCGUAACACUCGGUUUACUGUUCUGAGUUAAUCCAAACAGUGGUAAUAUUGUGUGUACUCCUAAAUCUUCAUGCUGUUCAAAAGGAAAUUCUCAGACUUUUUUUACUGGAAUUUUUAGGCCGGCCCGGAGAGGACAGUAACUGCUGUGCCCCCCUUAUCUUCCUAUCCUUCUUCCCUCCAGACAGACUUCAUUAUGUUAAUGAAAGAGAUAGAUAACGGCACACUUCGUGGCCUUCUCAAGUUAUGCCGUGUUUGUUUAAACAAUCCUUGAUGCUGUGUUGCUCUUAAUACCAAGGACCUGAUUUAAGAGGGGGAAAAAAAAAAAAAUAAAAGGCCAAAAAUGUGCAUUUGAAACUAGUAGCAAUGACGCAUCUAGGUGGGAGCGCUGCGUAAAACAAGCUAGCAAAACUCUUUCUUACCAAUCCAGAUCACACCAUGGGUUAUGGUCACUCACAACUUGGUUUCACUGCAGCGCCCUUUGCUGCGGGAGCAAACAAAAUGUAAACAAAUUUAAUGAGACGGAAGGGAAUCCUAGAAUCUUGUGCUAAAGGCAUAUUUUGCUGUAUUAACGGAUGAUAAAAACUAAUGGCAGAAAAAGAGAAGCGAACAAUUUCUAUGUAAUGUACAGAUACUAGCAUUGCACAUAUAGUCUGCUUUCUGUUCCUCCAGAACUUGCGUCCCUGUUAAUGUAGUGGAAAAAAAAAUAAGAACUUUUUUCUGUUGUGCUGGUCUUGUAAGUUUGUCUACCAGUAGGAGCAAGGUUUUUCAUAACUCUUUCCUUUCUUUUUUUUUUUAAAUUUUGUUUUGCCUUGUCCACUGCUCCUUCUCUCUGUCCCCUUCCCAUCCCAGUGAAAAAACCUCACUGGGCAAGAAAACAAAACCCCAAACAUCACUUUCUAAGGACCAUUUUUAGUAACAGCAUCACCAUUUCUUUUCAGCCAAGGCAGUCUUUUAAUUUCCUCGCUGUAUAACCUUUUUCAGCCGGCAUGUUGCCAGCAGACCUUUUGGCAGACUAGAGCAGGGCAAACUUCCUCAUUGUCAGUGCACAACCCGAUGGUGACAAUAAUCCUGUGGAGCAUCUCUGGCCGACAGCCCCUCAGCCAGGCCCUCGGGUCGCAUCCAGGGACUGAGGAGAGGUUUUGUAGUUGCAGUGGGGGUUCUACAGG